GUUUGAGAGAAAGAAGGUUUCCUGCCAGCCACUCCCGCCAGCUGCGUACGUGGCCCCCGGUAUCGACGGGGUUUAAAAGAAGGUGCUUUUACUUGGACGCCCUUAGCGAGUGGAUGAUCAUGGGCACCACCGCUGGCAGAAAUCAAAAAAUUAUGCGGCCGCUUCUCAUUGUCCUGGUCGCAUUCGCUCUUCAAGAGGUGGCACUCGGUCGAGUGAGCCUCAGUAUUAGCCAAACGCCCAACCGCGAACAAUGGCCCACUGGAGUCGUACGUGGAGGGGGCCAGACUGGAGGAUGGACAGGUUCGUUGGGUUCUGGUUUCAGUUAUGGAGCUGGGGCCUAUGGUGGCACAACUUCAAGUUCCGGCAGCCGUACCUUGGGUGGCGCAGGUGGAACAUCGUCCAUUGGCUCGGGUAGUUUAGGUUACGGUGCAAGCAGUAGUGGAGUGGCCGGUACCUCGAGCGGCUCAGGCUACGGUAGCUCUUCUGGAGUAGCCUCAGGAUCCGCAAGCAGCUCUGGUCAUGGAUCUGGUUCCCUUAGUGGCUUCACUGUAGGACUGCCUGGUAUGAUCGGUGGUUCAGGUUUCAGUGGCUCUCUUGGAGGAGCGUCGGGUACCUGGGGUGGUUCAAGUCAUGCUGGCUCUGCUGGAGUAGGAUCGGAUACCUCGGGUAGCUCAGGUGUCAGUGGCUCUCUUGGAGGAGUGUCGGGUACCUGGGGUGGUUCAAGCUAUGGUGUAUCUCUUGGAGGAACUUCUGGUUCUGCGAGCAGCUCAAAACAAGAAAGAAAACUUGAGUGGGAUUUGCCGGCAAAGUGA